AUGUUGGACGCAGGGGAGGAGGAAGCCCAGGAUGUUGUGCCAGUCGGCCAUGAUGAGGGGCCAGCCCCCUCAGAGCAUUCGGCCAUCACAAGCAAGGGCCUCCCCGUCGUGUUCACCAUGUCCAGAGCUUGCACCUGCUGCCUGUGCAAUGCGAAGUCCACCGAUAAGUCGCCUUUGGCGGUGUCAUUGGAUGACUUGAGUGAAGCGUCUGAGAUGGAGGUCAAGCGGCCUUGGGCCAAGUACCGAAAGACUUCAGGGGACAUGGGCCCUUGCCGAGAAUGGAUCAAGCAGCAUAACGAAGAUCCAGGGAAAGUUCGACUGAAGCGAAAGAGCGACCUCUUGGCGGCCCAGAAGGAGCUUGCUGUGGAGCGCACCGACGGGGGGCGAUUUAUCGCCCCCAAGAAGAAAUUCGUUUUGAGCAGCCACUGGAGCACCAAGCGUUGGGGAGCUUGGGACCAGUCCAAGGAGGUCACUGAAGUCAUCAAAGGCCAGUUGCUGAAGGGUGUCUUUGUUUCGGUGGGCCCUGAGGGCGAGUUCGAUUUCGAAGACUACAGUGAUGUAGCUGUCAAGGAAAGAGUUGUGGAGCAUGACUCUAGCAAGCAGGAUAUCUUUCAGGAGGAAGCCUUUGAGUUGAAGAAGCAGGAAAUGACAAAGGCAGUGCAAGCAGGAGCAAAAGCUCGCCAAGCCAGCUCUGUGCAAGGGCCGGACUUGAGCGCAAGCAGCCUUCUGGCUGCCUGCAAGUCAGCGAGCAACGGCUCCGCCUCAGGCGCUGUUCCGGCCGGCGAAGGAGAGAAGAGCGGCUCAAGUGACAGCAGUUCCAGCAGCAGCGAGAGCGAGGAGGACAGCUCUGAAGAAGCAGGUGGCUUGGCAGGUGUGGGUCUUUUGGGCCCAUCCUGUACCAAAGCAGCAGCUAAGCCAAAGCCUAAGACGGACGCAGCAGUGUCAGGCACCAAGCCCGCAAAGCCUCCAAAGACUUCCAAGCCUGCGACCUCAGCCGGUCAGUCUCAGACCCCUUCAGCCCCAGGUGUCCCCCUUGCCAGCGGGCCUUCCAAGGCAAAGCCGCCAACGCAUGGCAGGGAGAGCAGCCAGUCUAUCCAGAGCACGAAGCAGCAGGAGGCCAGCCGCAACAUGCUGGUGAUAGACGGCCGCGCGACCAGGGCGCGCAAGACUUUGGAGGAGAAGCUGCAGAAAGAAGCGUCUGCCUUUGCUGAGGUCAGCUUGGUCGACCCCCCUUGUGGCCAGGAGGCUGAAAGGCUCAAGGCUUACAAGCAGGAUUGCUCCAAACGAUCCGCUGCGCUUGGAAAGGUCGUGCGGGGCUGUCGGGAUAACAUCCGGCGUGCCAACCAAAGCUCCAACAAAGACAACUUGCAGGACUUGGUUGAGGCCUUGGAAGGACUGGAAGCAUCGGCCACUGCAACUCAACGGCUAUUGGCCCUUGUGUGUGUGGCCAACCCAGAGCCGGACGCAUACAUCACAGCCUUUGACGCGUGGAACGAGGCAAUGGAGGGCUUUCAGCCGUGUUUGCAGUCUUUGGGCCUCCCUGCCAGGAUCCUUGGGCCUGGCUUCCACUUGGCUUGCUUGUUGGCAAGGGCCAGCCAAUCUUUGCUGUACAGUGACCACGGGGCCUGCUGCCAGCAGUUGCAAGCCACGUGCCCUGAGGCACGGGCGCUGGUUGCCGCCUUGGGCAAGCAGCAAGCAGAGGAGCUGGUCACAGUUCAAGUUGAGCAGCGUGUGCUCGGCGCGUUGCGCAACAUCGCAUCAGAGGAGGUUGUCGCCUUUGAAGCUGACAAAGGGCGCUCUGCCCAGAAGCCAACCUUGGAGGAGGCAACUGCCUUGGUAACGGCUGUGCUGGAAGCCUGUAAGGAGCCUGACUUCUUGGCCCGCGAGCUCCAAUCCGCGCUUGGGAAGGCCAAGGAGCAGCUCGAGGUGCUGGACAAUGUGAAAGAAACAGGCAAGGUUCAAGACCAGCCUGCGUUGUUGAGGUUCUUUUGCCAGCACGAAAUGGGCGUUAGCUUGACAGCUGUGGCAGCAAGGCGCAUCUCGACCAGCGGUGAGGAGACUGCCUUUAAGGAGGCCUGUGGCCGAGUUUCGGAGCUCUUGGGCAAACUGGCAAACGCGUUGACCUUUUCUGCUGCCACCAGGACCGCCAGCCUAGGCGCAGAGUUCUUGGACGAGUUGGUCCUGCCUGCGGGCAAGGCCUUGGCUGAGGUCAAGAAAUGCCCCUUUGCGGCGGACGCUUGCAGCAAGAAGAGCAAGAAGCCGGAAGCUUCCAAAGCAGCAGAGGAGCUGGCCACAAUGGAGCGCCACCUGAAGGACACAGCCUCGCAGCUGGCGCGAAUUGAGUUGCAGGCGCGGCUCUACGAACAGCUGUUUCUCGGCUGCAACGUAGUGGGCAGCGGCUGUGGCAAGACUACUGUUUCCCUGACUGCUGUUUCCCGGCGCCCCUUUGCCCCGAACGCAGUGGCCUACGCGCUGGAGCACAACUGCCAUGGCGAGAUGUCCAUCAUCAAUUUGGAUGACGUGGAGAACGGGCUUCGAGCCACGUCCUGUGUGGAGCAUCCGGCUUGGGCGUUCGUACCAGGUGAUUUGCCAUGGCGGGACGAGUACCGCGCCCUUUCCAAGAUUCUGGUGGAGGUGUCCCGUUUUUCCCUACACAGGCAGCCCUCGUUCCAGCAUGUGCCGCCCAUUGCCGUGGAGGCUCCGGCCUUGCAUGCCUGGUCUACUGAGAUGAUGCCAAAACUGGAGAGGUGGGUCAGUGCCUCAGGGCUGUUGGAGAAAACGGAGAAGCUUCUGCUGCAGCCAGUCAGGGCAGAGCUUGCCAGUUUGUUCUCUGUUGGCUUGGAGAGCGUUGCCCCGGUGGUUUCGCAGUGUGUGCAGAGCUUACUUGGCGCUGGGCUGUCCAGCAACAUGGCGGCAGAGCUCCUCAGCCGGGUCCCAAAGACCCACAAACUGCGCGACUUGGUGACGGCGUUUUUGGAGGUGGCAAAGCAUGGCCCGCACGGGGCUGGCCAGAAGACCAACGACGAGUUGAGAGGCUUCGCCAAGAAACUCUGCUGCUUGUCUGAGAAGCUUUGCGUUGCUGUCAAGGAAGCGGAGGACAGCGCCGCCGACCCCGCCUUCAAGCAGGACUUGGAGAAGACGAGAAUUGCUUCGGAAGAGGCAAUUCAGCAUUUCCAGCAGCGGCUAACUUUGCACAGGGAGCUCCUCACCAAAAAGGCGCAGAGUGCCGCCAAAACCUUGAAGAUCGCAAAAUGCAACUUGGACAAGUUGCUGGGCAGCCUGCCAACACCAAGCCUCACUGAGGAAGCAGCCUACAGAGCCCACGGUGUGAAGCACGUAGCGGAACUGGCAAAACAGUCGACCGCCAUGGAGGCCGAGCUGUCGCAGUUGCGCGUGCCGCAGGAUAUCUUGAAGGUCUUGGACCCUGUUGUGUUUGGCAAGCAAGCGGCGCAAGGGCCUGUGAACGUUCUGGAGCUGGAAGGCUUGCCCGUGGAAUUUUCGGACAACUGCAGCCUUACAGCAAGAAUUGCAGGUUUCCACGUCACCCUGAUUGCAGGCCUGUGUCUGCUGCGCAACCCGAUCCUUGGCACCACUUCUGACGACGGCAAGGCAUUGCUCAAGGAGCUGAGGCCUGUGGCCGAGUCUUUGGAGGACCAAGGCACCAAAGGCCCGGCAAAGAAGAAGGCCAAGACUGACGUCGCAGCCGGCUUUGAGAAGGAACCAGGCAGCAAGCAAAAGCCUGGCGGCGCAUGCAGCGGCCUGCCAGCGCCUGAGGGAGCGGUCGCAGCGGCAGCUUCAGAAAAGGCAGCGGCAGAGGAGUGCAAGAACAGUGGCGACGAAAAAGCGGAGCAGAAGAAUAAAAAGGAGAAGAAGGAAAAGAAGGACAAGAAGCGCAAGAAGGACGCAGACAAGGAGAAGAAGGACGCGGUCGACAAAGACAAGAAAAAAAAGAAGGACAAGGAGGAGGGCAAGACAGACAAGAAGAAACAAGCCAAGGAACGCAAAGGAGACCCGGAGGAGACAGCCGCUGACAAGGCGCCUGUGGCAGCAGCCACCGCCGGCCCCAAGUCCAAGGCAGAGGCCAAGGCCAAGGCCAAGGCAAAGGCCACGGCCAAGGCAGGUGCCGCCAGGAAGAGGAAAGCCGGCUAA